AUGCUCUGCUUUUCUGUGUCGCUGCUUCGGACUGCUGCUUUUGUGUUCUCCUGCUUCUAUCUCCUCACCACGGCGAUUUCUGGGGAAAUGCUGCUUUGCCUGAAAUUAGUUUUCAUCAGCAUUUACCCAAUGCAAUGGGAAGGAGUGUUGAUGAAUUCUUUCCUGUUUAAUGUAGGACUGAUCCUACUCUGCUCCAUCAGUGUGAUUCAGUUAAGCACGACAGCUUUUGCGCACUACGCACAAGCAACUGCAGCUCAGGAGAUCUUUGGCCACACGCUGCAGUCUCUUUGCGGAAUUAAGUAUCUUUACAAGUACAAUGUUUUUCAGUAUGGAUUUUUUGCUCUUCCCAUCCUCACACUCUUCUACUAUGCACUUUUUUGGUGUCGAAAGAGGAAACCGACAGGAAGGUUCCAGCUCUCAAACUAAUUUUCUGUUUGCUCUGUAAGCAAAGCCUGACGAACUCAAUAUCAUAUUUGUUCUUGAGUGAUAGUUUGGUUAGCGAUGUAUAUGAUCUUGCAAACCACUUUAUGGAAGAGCUGGAGAGUUUUCAUCAGUGUAAAUUAGCGACAACGUCAUGGAAGAUGAAAACAACCACGGGCACGGACGUUAAAGUAGGAGAACCCAGUUUCCUUUGUAAUUAAGUACACAUUUGUCGCCUGUUCUUUUCUGUAUUAUUAUUUGAUGAUCAUCAAUCGGCUGAUGUUAUUCUUCAAGUUGAUGGGUCUGUGAGAGGUGUUCUGUGUGCUCCUUUGUUGUUCCUUUGCGGUUCUGACUCAAAUUAGUUCAGUUAUUUUCUUUUGUAUGUAGCAUUCUGUGACUACCACGCACACUUGUAGAUUGUAUCAAGGAUGGCUUGUCUUGAUCUUUCUAUUGUUGUUUGUAUGUCUUUCUGGAAAUUGCACUUUGCUUUUCAAUUGAGAACUUUGCACGUGCUGAUCGAAAAUUCGUUUCUGAGCUUGGGCUCAGAUGCUCCCGAAAUCAGCAACGUUGGUUUGCAUGUAGAUCUGUGCCAGGCGUGGUAUUUUCUGCCGGUAUUUCCAUCGUACGUUGAGAAAAACAGGCAAGCUCUGAGCAGCAUUGAAUGCGAUGGCAGAGCGUACCGUAGAUGCGGACCAGCCUAGUGAACGCACGGACCAGCCAUUCUCCUGUGCCGCAGGCUGAGCCGUCUCCGUCGACGGAAAUCGUUAACGGACACCC